AUGUGCUCUGCCAUGUGCGAUACUGAUGCUCGGGCUCAUUUGCUGUCAGGCGUUGACGAGCUUUCGAUGGUUCACUUCCUCGAAUACGCAGCGACUUUGAUGGCGAACCUUGGCAAUUACAAAGUUUGGCAGAUGGCACCGCCCCAGCAGGAUGACACUGACGUAUACCAGGGCUAUGGAGACCAGAAGUUCGUCACUCGCAUUGAUUCCCACGCCUUUGAGAAACUAUGCUCCUUGACAGAAAGUACUCAGUCGCUCUUCACUCUCGUAAAGGACGCCAUGUAUUCCGAAGUGCCGGCCAGUCUUGGGUUCCCGGACGAAGGCGGGACGAGUAAUUACUAUCUCGGAUCCCCACCUCCUUCAAAAGCCGAGAUUGAGCAAUUGAAGAUUGGAGUUGGGUCAAGAUUGUCCCUCCGCAACACUCGGCUCUCAAAGUCAGAACUUGAGGGUAGUAUUCGGUAUGAGAUACUUGUGGCCUCAGCCAGUGACCGCGCAGAUGAGGCUUUCGACUUGAUGCUUCCAGAUAAGGCCAAGCCGGGCCGUGAUCCAAGUGGCGUGCGCUGCGAGUUUGAGGCGCUGGUGACAUGCCAAGACAAGGAAUGGACUUCUGCCUUCUCAAACCUCGCCAGCAAGGCCCAUUCGUUCAUUCUUGAGCUUCCGUGGAGCGGAAUGGGCGAUGACGGGGACCAGCUGGGACCCUUCGAGAACGAUACCUUCAUUCGACCCAACUUUGUGGCCCUGAAAUUGAUUUGUUACUGUGCGAGUAACGUCUGGACUGGUCUCACCGCACCGGGGUACCCCGAUGUCAAAGCCGAGCAUGGGCGCAAGAACUUGACCUUCUCUAAUCGUGUAGAGGCCAGUACGAUGGACCCUUCCAGGCCUGACUGGUACGGCAGGGACAGGUUUGUAAUGUCUAACGGCCAUGCCGGUAUCCUUCAGUAUGUUAUGCUGUACCUCACGGGCUACAAGUCGAUGACCAUGAAGGAUCUAAAGCUCUACGUCGACCCCAAACACUUUGACAAAGCUACUGGCACCGCCGUGUCGACGAAUGCGCAUUGCCAUCCAGAAAGGGAAGUUGGUGGCAUUGAGAUCACCCCCGGGCAAGGCAUUGUGAACGCUGUGGGCAUGGCUAUUGCCGGCAAGCAACAGGCUGCGCUGUUCAAUAUGGAACGGCAUGAGAUCAUCUCGGGUCGGAUCGACUCUGAGGACAUCAACAGCAAGAUGAGAGCGGCUGGAUGGGAUGUCAUCAACGUCUUUGAUGGUGAUGAGUCCGUCGACAACAUUUACUCGGCCGAAACGCCGAGCCACACGGUUUCUGAACAGACGAAGGCCACCUUCAAAGCGAUUGUGGCCCAAAAGGAGCGGGAAGUCCAGAAGUGGGAUGGACAACUAGAAAACUAUUCCAGGGAAUUUGCCUCACAGCAUCAGCGCCUUCUAUCCAGGAUCGCGGGCAGCGCAAACUACGAGGCCUUUUUGAACGACUUUCAGUUCCCCGACGGCAUGGCAUCCAAGGCUACCCGCGAGUCCAACGGCUUCCUCUUUCAGGCCCUGAUAAAGCAGUUCGAGAGCUUAUUCGCCGGCGGCGCUGAUGUCUGGGGGCCCAACAAGCUCGGCGAUCCGGGCGAGCUCGUCUUUGAGCGAGGUUACUACGAGGGCCGCAUCGCCCGCUACGGCAUCCGCGAGCACGCCAUGGCAUCCAUCUCCAACGGCCUCGCCGCCUACUGCCCGCAGGCAUUUGUGCCCAUCACGACCACCUCUUUCGUGCUUUACCUCUACGCCACGGCCGGCGAGGGACAGAACGGACCUACGCACCAGGCCGAUAUUACCAUCAUCUCAUCUAGAUCGGAGCUCGCGUUCGCCGUCGAGGCGGCCAGGAUCCUUACCGGCAAGGGCACGCCUACGUGGGUGGUCAGCAUGCCCUGCGUCAGGCUGUUUGAUGCUCAGACAGAGGAGUACAAGAACGAGGUCAUCUCGGCCACUCCACACGUCAUCUCUUACGAGGCGUACGUCUCUACCAUCUGGGGUCGCUACUGCACGGCGUCAAUUGCCAUGGAUUCGUUUGGCUACUCCGCAGCCGCGAUCGACAACUACGCCAGGUUCAGAUUGGAUACGGAGAGUGUGGUGGUCAAGAUCGAGAGACAUGUAGCAAGCUUGUCCCAACGAACUCGCAAGGUACAGUGGAUGUUACUGAAAUAG